AUGUUUAUCCAAUUGAUUAUAAUUGAUAGGAACCGCCAGGCUCCCAAGUCUGGAGACGUUUACUUGUUGUUGCUCGUCAAGCUCUACAGAUUCCUUGCCCGCCGUACGGACUCUGCCUUCAACAAGGUCGUCUUGAAGCGUCUCUUUAUGUCGCGCGUCAACCGAAAGGGAGGCAAGACUGCUGUCGUCGUUGGCUCCGUGACUGAUGACAUCCGUCUGUUGGAGGUCCCCAAGUUGUCGAUCGCCUGCUUGCGCAUCACCAAGUCGGCCAAGGCUCGUGUCUUGAAGGCUGGUGGUGAGGUCAUCACCCUCGAUCAGCUCGCCCUCCGUGCCCCCACUGGUGCUAACACCGUCUUGCUCCGUGGCAAGAAGAACACCCGUGAGGCCGUCAAGCACUUUGGCAUGGGUCCUGGCAAGCAUGCCAAGCCCUAUGUCCAGAGCAAGGGUCGUAAGUUCGAGAAGGCUCGUGGUCGUCGUGCCUCCCGCGGCUUCAAGGUUUAA